AUGAGACUAGUACCUCGUAGGGUUCAUCUCGGUCAUCGUUACAAUCUGCAAGUACAAGUCGGAAGUAGAAAUCUGAGUGAAACGGUUUUUUUAAACGAAAUCUGCACAGUUCCGGAAACGGCAGCUGAAAUAGCUACUACCACAACUCAGGCGAUAAAUACAACCGGAGUGACUGAUGUUGAAGAUAGUGUUAAAAAACCUUUAAGCUGCUAUGUCGGUGGGAAAACCAAGAAUGUCAAACAGCGAUUAGUAGACGAACAAGGAUACAAAACAGUGCAAUGCCUUGAAUCGGAGUAUUGCGUUGAUUACUCGAUGACUUCACCUGCCGAUGAGACAUUGAAUAUCAACAUAAAAAAUUGCGAUGGUGAGAUCGGCGAACUUGAUGCGAUGAUUCCCCGAGGAAAUGUUGAUUGCAAGGAUUUGAUCGAAAAUGGUAAUGGAUGCCAUAUGUUGCGAGAUGAUGGUAUCUUUAAAUUAAAAGUAUGCUGUUGUGAGUCAGAUAUGUGCAAUAAUGUAGGAAUAGAACUGAGCAACAUAUCGGCUGCAAGAAACACGACGUCCAGUCUAAAGCUCAGUGGUCCGGAUGUCGAAAUCAUGGGGAAUGAGAGCUCAGAAAAAUUAGCGCCGAUUUCAAGCGGAAAUAAACCGAGUGUGUAA